CAAAAAGGGCUGUAGCUCCCCACCUCACAGCUCAUCCUCUUUCCUCCCCAGGGGUGCCAAAUUCUGAGGAACUACUCCUCUUUGCAUGCCAUCCUCUCUGCUCUGCAGAACACCCCGAUUUGCCGUCUGAAGAACACAUGGCGGAAGGUUUCCAGGAAGAGCUACAAAAAAUUUAAGAAGCUCCAAAGCCAAGACAAGUCACUCAGCAGGGAACUGAUGACCAGGGAGGCACCCUCCAAGUUUGUCACCCAGGAGAUCAACACCCAGAAAACCCAGGAGAGGCAGCAGCAGCAGCAGCAGCAGCAGCAGAAAGGUGUUGUCCCCUACCUUCGAACAUUUCUCAGUGAACUGCUGAUGAUGCACCUGACCAUGGAGGAUUAUCUGGAGGGGGGAGAGAUCAAUCUCAGGAAAAGGAAUGCGGAAUAUGAAAUAAUGCGGGAGAUCCUGCUGCUCCAGGUGGCUGCAAAUAAUUACAACCUCAACCCCAACGAGCAAUUUGGGGCCUGGUUCCGAGACAUGGAGAGGCUCAGUGAGAAUGAGAGCUACAUCCUGUCCUGCCAGCUGGAGCCCCGAUCCUAGUCAGCCAGCAGAACUGGGAAGGCCCAGAAGAGCCAGCCAUCGUCAAGUUCAGGGGCGAGUGAGUGUCCAGGCUGGCAGUGCCACCUCUCCCUCAGCUGUGGGGACACAGCUGGGAUGCUUGGGGGUUCCAGGACCCCUGCUCUGAGGGGAAGGAGACCUUUGGGAGGCUCUUCCUGUGGUCCCCUGAAGGCCAGGGGAAGAGACAAUGAUCCCACCCAUCCCCCUGCCUUCUCUUCUCCAAGGCCCAUACAUAGUCAUUUGGAGGGGCGCUAUUUAGUAAAUGCUAGAUUUAAAUAUUAUUAUAUUAAAGUCCUGUUGCUUUGA